AUGGAACCACUCAGAAGACUUACACAAAAGGGAGUCGAAUGGUACUGGGGCGAUGCUGAAGACAAAGCUUUCAAUGAAGUGAAACAACUAGUCACCCAGGCUCCAAUCCUUGCCUACUACAGUCCUGACAAAGAGCUUGUUAUACAGUGUGAUGCCAGCAGCCUGGGAAUUGGUGCCGCACUUAUGCAAGAAGGUCGACCACUGGCAUACGCUAGCAGAGCACUUACAGAUCCUGAGACCCGUUAUGCCACCAUAGAAAAGGAGAUGCUUGCUAUUGUCUUUGCACUGGAGAAGUGGCACCACUUUGCCUUUGGUCGCCGGGUAGUUGUCAGAUCGGACCACAAGCCACUUGAAGCCAUCACCAAAAAACCGCUUGACAGGGCACCGAAACGUCUACAAGGCAUGUUGCUCAGAAGUCUGGCCUAUGACAUAGAAGUGCAGUAUUCUCCGGGUCACACACAGCACUUGGCAGACAUGAUGAGCCGAUCAUACCUACCAGCUGAUGGCCAAGAAACCUGCAAUGAAUUUGAAGUUGUCAAUGCCGUCCAAUUCCUGCCCAUUGGACAAGGGAAGUUACAGAAGUUUCGAGUGGAGACUGAACAAGACGACACCUUACAAGCCCUGAAGAGCACCAUACUGAAAGGCUGGCCUGAGGACAAGUCCAACGUUCCUUCCCAACUGGUCCCCUACUACAGCAUGAGAGAUGAGCUUAGCAUUUAUGAUGGGCUCGUUUUCAAAGGUGAGCGCCUUGUUGUACCCCAGGGACUUAGGGCCGAAGUAAAGAGAGACAUACAUGCAUCCCAUGCUGGUGUUGAAGGCUGUCUCAGGAGGGCACGGGAAAGUGUGUAUUGGCCUGGCAUGAACUCUGAACUCAGACACUGGAUUUCAACCUGCGAGCCCUGUAGGCUGUUUGAAAUCUCGCAUGGCAAAGAGACCCUCAUGUCCCAUGAAGUGCCACAGAGGCCGUGGGAGAAAGUAGCUGUUGAUCUAUUCUCCCUGAACCAGACAGACUACCUGGUGACAGUGGAUUACUAUAGUGGCUAUUGGGAACUGGACAAGCUGCACCGUGUAGAUGCUGAGACUGUGGUGAAGAAACUCAAGGCUCAUUUUGCCAGACAUGGCAGUCCAUGUCAGCUCGUAAGUGACAAUGGCGCUCAAUUUACAGCUGCAGAAUUCAAGAGAAUGACAAAGACCUGGGACAUUGAGCAUAGUGUUACAUCCCCCUACAACAGCAAAGCCAAUGGCAAGGUAGAGGCAGCUGUCAAAUCUGCCAAACGACUGCUUCGCAAGACUGCCAAAGCUGGAGACGAUUUCUACUUGGGGCUCCUUGCUGAACGCAACACCCCAUCACAAGGCAUUGGAAGCAGUCCAGUCCAGAGGCUCAUGAAUAGAAGAACAAGAACUCUACUGCCUACAACUAGCACCCUGUUGGAGCCAAGGACACUCAACUCGGCUCACGAGAGAGAGAAAUUGAAGGAAGUCCAGCAAAGGCAAGCCCGGUAUUACAACACCAACGCCCGAGAUCUACCCCCUCUGAGCGAGGGUGACACUGUGCGAAUGAAGCCGUUUGUACUGGGAAAAAAGGAGUGGAAGAAGGGAGUUGUCGUGGAAAGGCUCGAUGAGAGGUCAUAUGAAGUGGAGACAGGAGAUGGGACGUCUUACAGACGAAACAGAGUUCAUCUGAAGAGAACCAAUGAGCUGCCUCCUGAGGUUACUACUAAUUUACCACCACAAGUCUCAAACACUCCUGACACAACCGGUGACUCAACUUGUCAAGGAGAGUCAAGCAGCACCCUGGAUACCGGUACUUCCCUUGUUGAACUCAACCGAGAGAUAGCUGAGUCGGACUGUGGUGUGAUAACAAGGACCCGCUCAGGACGGAUUGUAAAAAGACCAUCCUAUCUCGCAGAUUACAAUACUUGA